AUGCCCGAAGCUUCAAGUUAUUGUCCUUCGUGCGGCAAAAAAUUCAAAGAUCACUCAUCUGUUGCUCGCCAUAUGAGUCAGCCCUUAUCCGGGUGUAAUACAUGGCUCAAUGACCUGAUCCAACUCGAGCAAUCCAGCUGCUCCCCAGAAGAUGCCAUGGAAGUGGACGACAUCGCCGAACCUUACAUAUCCGAUUCCUAUGAACCAGUGGGAUUCAUGGAUUCGGAUGAUGUUUUUGGUGAAGGAGAGAGUGUGGAGAGAACACAUCAGGACAACAUACAGGAUGAGAGCAGCGAAGUUACAGACCAUUUUCCCAAUCCCCCGCUUGCCUUCGAGGACGGAUACACAUUUUUGAGCCUCUUUGACUCCGACGAGAACAGUAUAUAUCGCAAGACGAACCUCUAUUAUCCGUUCAGCUCUCGGAAAGAAUGGCAAAUUUCAUCAUGGCUUCUGCGCUUGGGAUUAAGCAUGGGGAAGAUAGAUGCAUUUCUAGGCCUCGAAAUGAUCAAGGACUUAUCUUUAUCUGGUCCACGCUGGAAGUUGCAAGUGAUCACUACAAUGCAUCCUAUGAAGUCGCCCGUUGUUCUGUACUGGCGUGAUCCUCUCGAGUGCAUCUCGAAUAUCUUCAACCAUCCACUGUUUCACGAUCAUAUGGACUACAGCGCUCGCAGAGUAUAUAUUUGUGCGCAGAAAGCCUGCCGUGUAUAUACUGAAUGGAUGACAGGAAAUUGUGCUUGGGAAAUUCAGUCUGCUUUACCUGCGGGUGCAACCCUCCUCGGCACGAUUUUAUCCUCGGACAAGACUACUAUUUCAUCAUUGACAGGCGAUCACGUCGCUCAUCCACUCCUCAUCAGCCUUGCCAAUCUACACAUGAACACAUGCUCGAAAUUGUCGACCCACUCUUUUGUCCUCACUGCGCUUCUACCUGUCCCAAAGUUCAUUCACAAGAAAAAACACAUGAAGGGUGUGUUGCAGGAUCGUCUUAUCCACCAAUGCCUCGACAUCAUUUUGCAUCCACUGAAACAGGCUGCUGAACAUGGUAUCAUGUUGUCUGAUCCCAUCGGGCGCAGUCGCUAUUGCUUUACUACCCUCGCAAGUUAUAUUGUCGAUAUGCCCGAAGCAAUGAUGCUGGCGGCUGUUGGGGGGAAAACAUCUCCCGUGACGAUGGUGAUGUAUACACAGUUUGGAGACAGCUUCUGGCAUGAACCUAGGACAAGAUCGACGACUCUCGCCCAGCUUGCUGUUAUUCACUCACAUGCUGAUCCAAAUGAUCUCGAGGCUUAUUUCCGUGAAGCCCAGAAAUUUCGCCUGAAUGGUGUCGACAAGCCAUUCUGGAGCAACUGGAUAUUUGCAGAUCCUUCCCAUUUUCUUACCCCCGAAAUCCUCCACCACAUCCAUAAAGAGUUCUAUGACCAUGAUGCCCAAUGGCUCAUUGUAUCCGUCGGAGAAUCUGAAAUUGAUUUUCGAUUCUCUGUUCUACAGCCCAUCACCGGGUUUCGGCACUUUCGUGAAGGGAUAUCGAAGUUGAAACAAGUCACUGGUUGUUGUCACCGUGACAUCCAGCGAUCUAUUAUUGCAGUGAGUGUGGAUGCAGCACCCCCGGUGUCCUUGCUGCAGUACGCUGCGCUCAUGCAAUUCCGUUACCUUGUGCAGUCGCCGCACAUUAACGAGAACGAUCUCAAGCUUAUCUCCGGUGCACUGGACAAAUUCCAUGCGAAGAAGGACACAAUUAUUGCUGCUGGGGCUCGUCGGGGGCACCGCAAUAAAGCCAUCAAUAAUUGGCAUAUACCUAAGCUUGAAUUGAUGCAGAACAUUGUCCCCAGCAUUCACAACAGCGGCGUCAUGAGCCAAUGGACUGCAGACAUCACUGAACAUGCACACAUCACAGAGAUUAAGGACCCUGCAAGAUCUAGCAACAACGUCAACUAUGAUCCGCAGAUCUGUCGACAUCUCGACCGAGCUGACAAGUGUCGUCGAUUCGAGCUCACCACCAACCUUUUAGAUCAUGAUCAAAGCUUGCACUCGCAAGUGCAGGAUGUCAACAUAGACCCUAAAGACGAUGUUGACACCGACGCUGACGAAACUAUUGAGUGUCUGUCUACAGUCCAUUCAUCUGGAUACUCACGUCCCAUCACCGACUAUUUUUCUAUUGCUAGGAAGCUCCAGCAUAUGGAUUUGGUACCCUUACCUCUACGCUCAUUCGUCAUCGAACACACCGCCUUCCAUCUUUCCUACGAUCCUGCCAUUAGGAAGGUCACUGUCGAUGAGAUUGCCAACAAGUUCGGCCUUCCUGAUCUGCGGUCAGCUAUCGCUGAUUACCUUCAACGUGAGGCCACCUUUGGACAUCAAUACAUUCAUCCAAUAGGUGGUCCUAGAAGAGCCGGACAUUCUGCUAUACUUCCUUUUGACAACCUCCAAGUAUGGAUCAAAAUCCGGCUUCAAGACACGGAAUUUCAUGAUCCUCGUAGUAUUCGACCUGCUCAGACACUGAACUGCACACCACCUGGUGGCCCCUGGAUUUUGGGUCAUUACGACACAAUCAUUGUCCAGACUGAAGCAGGGUACUCUUGGCCGACUAGCGGUUUUUCAGGUCACGCCGUAGCACAGCUUCGACUUAUCAUGUGUCCCGUGGCCAAACAGUGGCACCCCUUCAACAUGGAAAGAUCAGUUCUUGACUUACGUCCAACACUUUAA